AAAUAAAAAUGAUUCCUGUGACUGAAUUCCGUCAGUUCUCCGAACAGCAGCCAGCAUUUCGAGUGCUUAAACCUUGGUGGGAUGUUUUUACAGAUUAUUUGUCUGUGGCUAUGUUAAUGAUUGGCGUGUUUGGGUGUACACUCCAGGUAACACAAGAUAAGAUCAUCUGUUUGCCAAAAAGAAUACAGAAUGAGACCGGUCUCAAUAUUUCUGGUGAAAUCACAGUACCAAGGCAAAUGGUGUCACCUCAAACCUCACCACAGCAGGCUGAAAUGAAAGGAUUGAAAACGAACUUAGAUCUUCAGCAGUACAGCUUUAUAAAUCACAUGUGUUAUGAGCGUGCCCUGCACUGGUAUGCAAAGUACUUCCCAUAUCUGGUUCUCAUUCAUACUCUGGUCUUCAUGAUCUGUAGUAAUUUCUGGUUCAAAUUCCCAGGCUCAAGUUCUAAAAUAGAACAUUUUAUUUCUAUUUUGGUAAAGUGUUUUGAUUCCCCAUGGACGACAAGAGCAUUAUCUGAAGUUUCUGGUGAAAACCCAGAAGAAAAAGAUAACGCAAGGAAUAUUCUGCACAAGUCUAGCACAAACAUAGCUGCAGAGGAGGGAACUUUGGUAAAAGCUCCAUCUUUACGAUCUAUUCCUGAUAAGAUUGUGGCUGAGAAAACAGCAGCUGGCGCUCUGGAUAAAAAAGAAGGAGAACAAGCAAAAGCAUUGUUUGAAAAAGUAAAGAAGUUUAGGUUGCAUGUCGAGGAAAGUUACUUGCUUUAUACCAUGUAUAUCCAGCAAACCAUAGUGAAGGUUAUGAAAUUUUUGCUUAUCAUUAUUUAUAAUAGUGCCUUGGUCUCGAAAGUACAGUUUACAGUAGAUUGCAAUGUUGAUAUACAGGAAAUGACUGGGUAUAAGAAUUUUUCCUGCAAUCACACAAUGGCACAUUUGUUUUCUAAACUUUCCUUUUGUUAUUUAUGCUUUGUUGGUAUUUAUGGUUUAACAUGCCUUUAUACUUUAUAUUGGCUAUUUUAUCGUUCCCUUAAAGAAUAUUCAUUUGAGCAUGUGCGACAAGAGUCUGGAAUAGAUGACAUCCCUGAUGUGAAAAAUGAUUUUGCUUUCAUGCUUCACAUGAUAGAUCAGUAUGAUCCUCUUUACUCAAAAAGAUUUGCGGUAUUCCUUUCAGAAGUGAGUGAAAAUAAACUUAAACAGCUGAACUUAAACAAUGAAUGGACAGUAGAAAAACUAAGACAAAGGCUGCAGACAAAUUCUAAUAAUAGGUUAGAAUUGCAACUGUUCAUGCUGCCUGGAUUGCCAGACACAGUUUUUGAAUUAACAGAACUGCAGUCUUUAAAGCUGGAAAUAAUUAAUAAUGUUGUAAUACCUGCAGCUGCUACCCAACUCGAAAACCUUCAAGAACUUUCACUCUACCAAUGUUCUGUCAAAAUUCAUACUGCAGCGUUAGCAUUCAUGAAGGAAAACCUUAAAGUUCUUCGAGUUAAAUUCGAUGAUAACAGGGAACUUCCGGUUUGGAUGUAUUGCUUGAGAAAUUUAGAAGAGCUGUACUUAUUUGGUUGUUUAUGCCCAGAUGUUUCCAAAAACAUCACACUUGAUUCUUUGCGUGAGCUUAAAAGUCUCAAAAUUCUUUACAUAAAAAGCAACUUGUCAAAAAUUCCACAGCCUAUCAUGGAUGUUUCCAGCCAUCUCCAAAAGUUAUUCAUACAUAAUGAUGGUACCAAACUGAUGAUGGUAAAUAACUUGAAGAAAAUGGCCAAUCUCACUGAACUGGGACUUAUUCACUGUGACCUGGAACGCAUACCUCAUGCCAUUUUCAGCCUUCUGAGUCUGCAGGAUUUGGAUUUGAGGGAAAACAGCCUAAAAUCUAUUGAAGAAAUUAUUAGUUUUCAACAUCUGCGUAAACUCAGUACCUUAAGACUUUGGCAUAAUAGCAUAAUAAAUAUACCAGAACACAUUAAAAAAUUAACUAGCCUAGAACGACUCUAUUUCAGUUAUAACAAAAUAGAAGUCCUACCGUCACACCUUUUUUUGUGUAACAAGAUCAGAUAUUUGGACCUUUCUUACAAUGAUAUUCAUUUUAUACCUCCAGAAAUAGGAGUUCUUCAGAGCUUACAGUAUUUUUCUAUCAACUGCAACAAAGUAGAAAGCUUACCAGAUGAACUUUAUUUUUGCAAAAAGCUGAAAACACUUAAAAUUGGCAAAAACAACUUGAGUGUGCUUUCUCCCAAAAUCGCUAACUUAAGUAUGCUGUCACAUUUGGACAUUAAAGGAAAUCACUUUGAAGUUCUUCCACAUGAAAUAAGUUAUUGUAAAGCUUUGAAGCGCAGUGGUCUAAUUGUUGAGGAUAUCUUAUUUAAAACUCUGCCCCCUGAUAUCAGGGAACAAAUGCAAGCCGAAUAGUUUUUCCAGCCCCAUUCUAUCUUGGAUAGUUUAGAGCCCAAUGCAUAUAGUAUAUGCUGUUCAAAACCAAAAGGAAUUUUUGUAGUCAACAGGAUUUUACUUUGUCUUGGCCAGCUAUGUUAAUGUAUGACAGGUAAUAUUUUAACCAGUCAAAUGUUAUUGAAUUUUGUGUAUACUUUAAAGUUAUAAAAAAGUGACUUUUAAUUUAAA